GGCCCCGGCUCGGCGGCGCCUCACGGAGCAGCGCCGGGGCCUGAGGCGGAGGGGAAGGAGCGCCUUCCCUGGGAGAUUCGUGGGUUUGUCAGUGACAAGAUGACAAUUCAUAUUUUUACCAAAGGAUCCAGUGAGUCAUCCUGUUAACCAGACUGAAAUACAUGCUUGCCUAUCAUCCUGCCACAUUAGCCAACCAACAUCACAAUGACUGAGGAGUUGGACCACAGAUUCAGCAGUCUCACCUGGGAUCAGAUUAAAAUCCUGGAUCAAGUGUUGGCUGAGGUCAUCCCUAUUCACGGGAGGGGGAAUUUCCCAACCCUUGAUGUAAAGCCCAAGGAUAUCAUCCACGUGGUGAAGGAGCAGCUGGUUGAAAAGCAAAUCAACAUCCGAGACAUCCGUCUGAACGGCUCCACAGCCAGUCACAUCCUGGUGAAGCAGAAUGGAACCAGCUACAAGGACCUGGACAUCAUUUUUGGGGUGGAACUCCCAAGCGAGCUGGAAUUCCAGGUUGUUAAGGAAGCGGUUCUCCAUAGCCUGUUGGACUUCUUGCCCAAAUGUGUCAACAAGGAAAAAAUCACCGCUCAGACCAUGAAGGAUGCCUACGUGCAGAAGAUGGUGAAGGUCUCCACGGACCACGACCGCUGGAGUCUCAUCUCACUGUCAAACAACAGCGGCAAGAACGUGGAGCUGAAGUUUGUCAACUCACUGAGGAGGCAGUUUGAGUUCAGCGUGGACUCCUUCCAGAUCAUCUUGGACUCCAUCCUCAAGGUUUACAGAGCAGCAGACUGCAGGCUGACAGAAGACUCUCACCCCACCGUCAUCGCCGAGAGCAUGUAUGGAGACUUCAACGAAGCCAUGGACCACUUAAAGUACAAACUGAUUUCCACGAGGAACCCCGAGGAGAUCAGAGGAGGUGGCCUCCUGAAGUACAGCAACCUCCUGGUUCGUGACUUCAAGCCAGCGGACGAGGCUGAAAUUAAAUCUCUGGAACGUUACAUGUGCUCCAGGUUCUUCAUUGAUUUUCCAGACGUUGCCGAGCAGCAGAGGAAAAUCGAGUCCUAUCUGCGCAACCACUUCAUCGGGGAGGAGAAGAGCAAGUAUGACUACCUGAUGACUCUCAGGGGAGUUGUCAACGAGAGCACAGUCUGCCUCAUGGGGCACGAACGAAGGCAGACACUGAACAUGAUCACAAUCCUGGCUUUAAAAGUGCUGGGAGAACAAAACAUCAUCCCAAACGCAGCCAACGUCACCUGCUACUACCAGCCUGCUCCCUAUAUCAGUGACAGAAACUUCAGCAGUUACUACAUUGCUCAUGGACAGCCUCCAGUCAUCUACCAGCCCUACCCCUUUCACAUACAGAUGCAGAGCAGCAUGGUUUAG